CGCGUGUGGAAACCUGUGUGAACGGUUUAUGGAGUGUAACAUGAAGGACUUAGUCCGGCUUUUAAAGAUAUUCAUCGUUCUCCGCAUGAGUAUAGAUGGCUGAACGUGGCUCGAGACGAAAUGAUCCAGGAGGGUUCUCUGUACAGAGCAGUGUGUCCAGCCGACAAGACUUGGUCCAGUGGGAAAAUGGCUCCAUUGAGACAUGCACUCUUAUGAGCUGGCUCGGCUAUGGACCGGAGAUCAUACAGGCUCGGAGAGACGCAUACAUGGAGUGGGGCAGGCUUAUGACUGCAAGGGCGUGUGGAGCUGCAACGGUCAUUUUAACGGGUAGCAAGGCUGAGGGGCUGACCCGCUUCCUAGAAAGUGAUAGAGACAUAAUGUUUGUACACAGUAGUGCCAUGUGCAUAGAAGAUGGUGUUAAUGCUGAUAACUCUCCUAGAGAGAUAACCGUGUUUAGAUCUUACAGUCGUAUGAGUUACCCAGGCCACUGUAUACUGCUACUAGAGAGACGCGGUACAAUUAUAGACUCUGAACUAAACGAUGCGUUGUGUGAUAAUGGGUAUGGUCAAGAACUCAUAAGCAGUGAUUUAUAUGUACAUAGCUUUUCGAAGUUUCAAUUUGAGGAAAGCAUAGUGCAGCAUGAUCGCGCGGGGCCGUCAAGGCCUGUUACACUGCACGGUGGAUUACACAGCGACUUAGUACAUGCAUUUCGUUAUAACUGCCCAAACAUCCUGUCACAAUGGGCUUCAAGACCCCGCUACUGGCCGCUACCGAAAGUCGUUCAGCAGGUCGUAUCACUUGGAGCAUUUCUUUCGCCUGUUGGAUUUAAAGGCAGUGAAUAUCAACAUGUUGAAUGGAGAGUUUGUUUUAACACUGCGGAAAUCGAACUAGUAAAUAAUCUCAAUGACACUCAAAUUAAAGUGUAUGUUUUAUUGAAAAUGGUUAAACGCGAUGUAUUAAAUCCACUUAAGAAAGAAAUUUCAUCGUACACGUUGAAAAACAUUGUUUUAUGGAUAGCUGAAAAUAAUCCUCAGUCCUCGUUUCAUGAAAGAAGUAUGUUGCACUGGUUGCAUGAAGGAUUAGAUGCGCUAAGAGUUGCAUUAGUCACCCGAGAGCUGCCAUAUUAUAUGAUUCCAAAUAGAAAUUUGAUGGCCGCAUGUGGACUGGAAGAAGAACAACAGCGUACAUGGAUAGCCACGCUUACAGAAAUGAUGGAUGAAGGUCCCAGGAUGAUCCUGAGACUUCCAAAAAUACGACAAGUACUCAUUGCACAUCCUGAACCAUUCCGAUGGUACACCAGGAGGAGAACGGAGAUUGAGUUGCUGCGGCUCAUGAUCAUGAACAGAAUGGCACUCUGCAUGGAUGAGAACGGGGAAGUUGACGAGACACAUGUUACACUGCAGACAUUACAUAAUCGCGAAAACAUGAUUUUAAGAGAGUUUUACCUGAGGAUGAGUAUGGAAGGGAGUCGAGUUAAUAACCUUAAUGAUGUUUUAGAGGGAAUGUUGAUGUAAAGCUUUUACUGUGAUAGAUUAACCAGAUACUAGGCAUGUAUAACACUCAUUUACAAAUUGUGUGUACGUUCAUCCUUCGAAGUAAUUCAGAUAAUUGUUGAGAAGAAUGUGAUAAUAACAACGACUUCACGGAAUUAUUAUUUGGUCAUUAAUUGAUGAUAACUUUCAGACGUACCUUGAAAAUGUUUAAAAAUGUGAACAAACUGUUUUACAAUUGUCUUGUUGACAGUCAACUGUAACCUUUACCAGGGCAAUAAUAUUUGCUUAACUUUAUUUAAAAAAAAAUCUUCUAGGUGACAAAAGUUUACAAAAAAUAAAGUUGAAUGAUUGCUACAUUUUACAUGAUCGUAAACUACUAUGUAUGUAUCUCUCUUGGAAACCAGCGGUAUCAUAUAAAGGUAUGCAUAUAAAUCGUUUUAAAACUGAUAGUAGUUGCUAGCAUGUUGUCUAUGUAUUUAAUAAUGCGACUUUUGUGUAUUUGUGUAUGCGUGUUUGGAAAUAAGUCGUAAUAUUAUUAUUUGUAUUUCCGUCUUUCAAGCUACAGUUUUACUUGGUGCGUUGUUGGUAUUGUUAACGCAUGUAUACCUAUUCAAUUUAUGUAUUACUGGUAGUCAACUGGUUAUGUUGCAAUCGCAGUACAUGUUUAGAUAGCAUUCAUGUUUUUCUAGUUGAUAAUAAACAGUUAUUGUGAGCGGCAAUAGUAUGGGCAACGUAGUUAAUACAUUAAUAUUGCAAUUAUCGAUAAAAAUGUUGCACAUCUGUGUUCGUUCAUACCUCUAAAAUGUCUUCAAUAACGCAAUUGUUGAAACAUAGUGCAGUUAUUAAGAGUGAAUUGAUUAAACUACUUGUGUAAGAUUGAUAGGAAAUAAAGUGUGUUUGUAUCAUGUGUAUAUAAUCUUUCAAUCUACAUUUUCACUUGAUGUAUGAUUGGUAUUGUUUGCUUAUUUGCACUUAAUGAAUAUAUGUAUUACUGGUAGUUUUUAGUCCACAGGUUAUGUUGUAAUUGCUGUACAUGUAUCGAAACAUUAUUGCUUUUCUCUUUGCAUAUAAACACUUAUUGUUAUUUGCAAUAUUGUCCAAAAUAUAUUGACCAAAUAUUGGUGCAAUUAUAGAUAAAACGUGUGCAUAUUUGUGUUCAUUCAAACCUCUAAAAUGUCUUCAAUAACGCAAUUGUUGCGUCAACAUAAAAUAAACAUAGUGCAGUUGCUUUAUGCGAAUUGAUUUAACUACUUCUCAUGAAAAAUCAUUAUUUUUCGUGGUUUCGGCUGAACACGUUAAAGUAAACUUUUAUUCGAAACAGAUAAUUUUUUCUCAUUAGUAUUAUAUUAUUGAUGUUUUUAUGCGGAAAGAUUUCCACACAUAAUAAACGUUAGGUUAGAUUUUUGUGGAAUCUAGUUAUACCGUUAAUCUCGAUUUUCGCUCUUAGCGUAUGUAUGCUUUGUUGUUGUUUUUUUUUUUCGUUUUUUAUAGCGUGAUUACCGUAUUGCUUAAGUCAUUGGUGUGUAUGUGUUAUGUACCACUUUAUUGUGUUAUCUUCCUAUUGAAUUCAUAUACAAAGGCAAGUUAUAAACAACGUCUUUAAUGAUCUCGCUUUAGGGUUAAUGCUGAUAAAAUGUUUAUUUCUGAAGAUGAUUUGAUAGAUUUUGUUUAAAUGUCGCUUUGAUACAACGGAUGGAAAUUAAUCACUUUUUGUGUUAUGUGAUCAUAUUGAUAGCAUUGGUACUGUUGCUGUAAAUUCAUUGAACUAAAUAAUGUCUCUUCUAACUUAUUGAUACAAAUAUUGAUGAUUUGAGUGACAUAGAUCGUUGUAGGUUCGGUUAUUCAUACCAUUUUUAUUGCUAUAUGGGAUUUAUUAUGGUCGAUAUGUUAGAAAUUGUUUUAAUUGCUAUAUUUAUAUAUAUGUGUGUAUGUAUUUAACAGGUAUACAUGCACCACGUAACAUUUCAUAUUUUCUUUCGUUGUAAAUACAGUAAUCACGUAAUGUGUUUUCUUUCUUUGAAUAUAUUAAUACAAUGUGUAUACUUAUAUAUACUGAUAUACAAGCUUACUUAAAAUAUAAAAUAAACAGUAGGUAAAUUCUAGCUGUGCUAACAAAUAUUAUUUUACGCUAUCGCCG